GAAAGAGCCACCAGCUGUCUGUGUCAGAGCUUCCACGAUGAGCCCAGAUCUCAACUGUAUUUCAUCUUCUCUGCUCAGAAGUGAACCGUGCAUCAAUUCUUUGAUAGCGAUUUUGACUGUUUGUGGACAGCAACUGUUCUCCUCUUAUACAUUCAGUUGUCCGUGUCAAGUCGGAAAAAAUUUCUAUUAUGGUUCAGCUUUUCUUGUGGUUCCUGCCUUGAUCCUUCUGAUUGCUGGCUAUGCUCUACGGGGCCAAAUGUGGACAGUUGCCAGCGAGUACUGCUGCUGCAGCUGUACCCCUCCAUACCGGAGAAGCAGCCCUCUGGAGAGGAGAUUGGCUUGCCUCAUGUUCUUCGACAUCACUGGGAGGGCUCUGGUUGCUCCACUGACAUGGCUGACGGUGACCCUGCUGACAGGUACCUACUAUGAAUGUGCAGCAAGUGAGUUUGCCUCUGUGGACCAAUACCCGAUGUUUGCUAAUGUCACUCCUAGCAAACGAGAAGAGAUGCUAGCUGGAUUUCCAUGCUACACGUCAGCUCCCUCUGAUGUGAUUCCAGUAAGAGAUGAAGUGGCUCUUCUACACAGAUACCAGUCACAAAUGCUGGGCUGGAUUCUGGUCGUUUUGGCAACCAUUGCUCUCCUGGUCUCCAAAUGUCUGGCAAGAUGUUGCUCUCCCCUCACCUCUCUGCAGCAUCACUAUUGGACCAAUCACCUCCACAACGAGAGAAUGCUCUUUGAGAAAGCUGCUGAGGAGCAUUCCCAACUUCUUAUUAGACAUCGAAUCAAGAAAGUGUUUGGCUUCAUUCCUGGGAGUGAAGACAUCAAACAUAUUCGUAUCCCUUCGUGUCAGGACUGGAGAGAAAUCUCUGUACCCAAUCUUCUAUGUGUGGGUGACACCUCACAGGGUCCCUAUAGCUUCCUUGGAGACAGGGUGGUUGAGGAAAAUGAGGAAGACAGACAAGAAGGUAUUGAAAUGAAACCUUGAGAGCUGCACCUCUCAAAGUUCAGGGUGCCUGAUUUUUUUUUCUUUCUGAUGCUAAAGUUUCAGUACUAUCGCUUUCUUUUCAUUCUCUCUGACACUUAUGGACAGAAGUCCAUCCAAAAUCCUAUUUCCGAAAUCAAUAUAUAGAGUGAGAAGCUCUCCAUCUUUAUACAGUUCCAUCACAUGCUCAUGAUGACUGUUGUGUCAUGAUGGUCCAAUUUGUAUGGGCAUGGAAAUUUAAGUCCAUUGGAAUUUAGCUGUGUUGCUUGGUACCUGUGCAAGCAUCAAUAAUUUGGAGUGCUAUUUUGUCCUAUGCCCAUAAUAGCUCCCUCAGAGAGCUAUUGAGAUUAAAUGUGAUGGCAGGAAACAUUUACCACUCUGCUUUUCAUAUGGUGACCACAAACCAGCAUCACUUUCCUCUAUCCUCUUCUAAUUCCACCUCCUAUCAGUCCUUGAUCUAAUUUUAGGGUUUCUCCUUGUCUUCAUUUAAAUAAUACAUUUUUAUUACCUUCUCCUUCUGGCUUACUAGAGAGGAAGGUAGAAUGAGGUGGUCUUUCUGGAGUGGUACAGUGAGAAAGGUUUUGAGUAAUGCCGGGUGCUCAUGGUAGAUGGUGGAUCGAUCAUCACAUUAUCAUUAUUAGUUAUUAGUUAUUGGUUAUUCUCAGCAUCACAGUAGGGGUGCCUUUAUGACAACUUCUUACAAACUUAAUUCUAAAGCUUCCCUUCUGUGAUCCACAACAGGGGUCCCAACUGUAGCUUUUCCUUAUCAAAUUGUUCCUUUAUGUUCCCAAACCUCUUUAAGGACCUAAGGAAUGAAGUUGUACAAUUUCUAGUUGUUUCUCAAACUCAAAGCAGCAGACACAAUGAGAGGGAGGGAUGCUGGAAGGGUGGCUCACUGGGUAAGAGCAAAUACUUCUCUGCUGAAGAACCUGAGUUUGGGUUAUAAUACCCAUGUCAGGUGGCCCAUGCUACCUGACAUUCCAGAUCCAGGGUAUGUAACACUUCUGGCCUCCACAGGUACCUGUCUCACAGGACCAUAACCCCAUAGAGAAACAUACACAUACAUAAUUUUAAAAAUAAAUAACUAGAACCUGGGGCAAGAUAGACAUUAGAAAAUGUGUCUUGGUUAGAGUUGCUUCAAACCUGACUUUUGUCAUGUUCACUUAAGCACCUGGCUCCUGGGCCCAGCAAGGGACCUCAGGGUUUUUGUUUAUUUACUUCUUUAGCCAAAAUUAUUUUUGAUUGCCAGAGAACCAACUGCUGAUGGCCAUCUUGACUUUCAAGGAGAUCAACUAACUGGAUUAUCUAAAACUCCACCAAUUUCUCAUUGAUGCAUUUGUAUACAAUUAUGAGAGGUUCUAUUUUUUGUCAAAUUCUGAGUGCUUUGACUUGACAGAAACAAGUAAGAAGGAAUUUUUGAGAAAACAAAAUCCUUUCAGGAGUUUCCCUGAUAGAACAUUGCUUAGUGUGACACUUUGCUUGGCCAGGAAAUUGUCUUGAACUCACUGUCAACCAAUGAUAACCUUAUGAAAGGCAGACCAUCUCUAUGGGGCCUAAUUUGUUGAUUUGUAAAGCAGAACUAAUGAUGCCUUAUCUUGUGGAAGUCAAGGAGCUGAACCAAAUGAACUACUGAAGCUAAUUCAUAAUCUGAUACAAUGUUUAUAUUCACUGUUAUGUAGGUUAAUCAAUAGGUACAGAGCAGUGAUUUUCAACCUUCCUAAUUCUGGGACCUUUUAAUACAGUUCCUCAUGUUGUGAUGAUCCCCCAACCAGUAAAAUUACUUGUGUUGCAGCUUCAUAACUGUCAUUCUGCUAUUGUUACAAAUCAUAAUGUAACUAUCUGUGUUUUCCAAUGGUCUUAGGUGACCCCUGUGAACGUGUCAUUCAACUCUUAAGGAGUCAUGACACACAGGUUGGAAAGCACUGGUAUACAGUUUUUCUGGAAUGAUAGUAGACCUAUGUUGCCUCUUCACUGAGUUGUAUCUUUAGCUUUCUCUAAAAGACAUCAACUGGCAUUCUGCUUUUGAAAGAACAUUAAGAGUGACUUUUUUUCAGGUGGCCUGGGGAAGCUAGCUCUAUUUUAUCUACUGUGUACUGGGGCUGAUACAAUAUUACAAAAGCAAUGUUGAAAAAGUAGCUAAAGUCCAUGUACAUCGUAGAAGGCCACUCGGUUCCCUCCAAUAGGAAAGUCAGUGAACAGGGAAUGUCUCAUCCAUUUUACUCUCAAAAUUCCCAUGAGGCUGAGAGUUCUUUGUCUCUACUGAGCCAAGAGUUUUAUAAUUUCGUCUGUGCUGACUUACUAGUAAAUGAAUCAUCCUCACCAAACUCAGAAUUGGUUUAUUAGUUUUCAGGACCUUCACCACAAAGAGACUUUUCAAUAAGGUUUUCAAUUAACAGCACAAUCAAAGAAUGUAUGAAGUUAUAGUGUUACAUCACCAGGAAGAUUAAUAGUUGCUUAGGACUUAACAAUAGGAAACAGCCUCUGAUGGCUUCUGAAGCCCUCUCCUCAUCAAACUCAAACACAGAAAGCUUACCUUCUGAUCCAGUUAAUCGGGGCCAUGACUUUUUGGUAAAGGAGAUGGAGAAUUCCUGAUUUCCAUGGUUCUGAGGAAUUCCUAGCAUCUAUAUGAUUGCAUGAAUCAUAGCAUAUAUACUUGAUAUUUGUUGCAUUGUGUAUCAUCUAUUUCAAAUAAAACAAAUCGAUGCCCCCACCCUCU